AUGUCUGGUGGCAUGUUCCACUACGCCCGUGGCAUCACCUGGUGCGUGGUGUUGCUGCGGGCGCUGGCGGUGAACGAGUGGGCGGCCAGCGUGGUGAUUGCCAUCGGCACCGUCACAACCGUCCUGCCCGCCUUUGCCCCCUCCUUGCUCGGGGAGAGCUACACCGGGUGGCGGGUGCCCAUCCAGGUGUUUGACAACCUGCUGCAAGUCUCGCUGGGCUGCUUCACCCACCAGUACAUCUACCCCGAUCCCAAGGGCGGCGCCCAGCCCUCCACCUUCCAGGCAGGCCGUCAGCCGGCCGGGAUGGCGACGGUGCUGCUGACGGGCUCCGGCCCUGCGUGGCUGCAGUUCAGCAGCCUGUGGGGCAGCCUGCCGUUCAAGCGGCGGCUCCGCCGGCUGGCGCCCCUGGCCCUGCUGCGCGCCUACCACCGCCUGCUGGUGCCGGUGGCCGCGGGGCGCACCUGCUCCGCCGCCGUGCUGGCGGCGCCCAAGGAGGCGGCGGAGGCGGUGCGGGCGGCGUGCAUGGCGUCGGCCACCGCCACCGCCACCGCCGCCGCAGCGGCCGCUGCCGCAAGGAGCGCGGCGCUGCAGGCCGCGGCCGGCUCGCGCGCCGCCGCCGCCGCCACCGCGGCCGCGGGAGCGGAGCUGUGCCUCCAGUACCAGCCGCUCAGCCUGCUUCUCCUCGGCUUCCUGCUCCCCACCUUGUACAUCUGGGUCACGGAGCUGCGCCUGCGCUGCGCCUUCUUCGCCCAGCGCUGCCGCCGCGCGGGCCAGGGCUCGGCCGCCGCCUCCGAGGGCCAGCGCAGCCUGCGCGCGCUGGGCACGCUGCCCACGCUGGGCGAUUACUGCAUGUACUGCGUGCCCGCAGUGGCGGCCAUGUACAUGUACAUCGUGGUGCACGGCUGA